CCGCACGGUGCCUCGCCCCUCUUGAACACUACCAUCGAUGAAGAUUAACCCCCCUCAGCUCACUUAAAGACCCGCGCGGGCAUUUUGCGAAGAAUUGAGUCGGAAGAGAUACAUACAAUAUUAUGACACAGGUGCAUAUAUAAGAAACCCUUCGUACAGCGACCUCGCCAGGGCCAUUACAAUGUUCAGCAAUCUCUCGACUAUCGUACAGAAGGCGGCGCAAACUGCUCAGACUUUCAUUGAUCCGACACUGAGCUCAUCCACUGACCGAAAGCCGUCUAAAGCCUCGUUGUUUAGGUCUCAAUUCAGACUCCCAGAGUCUGAAAACCCGCUCCAAGAGAUUACGGCCGAGUUGACUCUAUCACCACAUCAUAGUAUCAGGAACAAGGAGGACAAUGGUUACGAUGGACAGAGAAAGAGCGGGAAUAUUUACGUGGGCAAGCUGCACUUAUCUGAGCAUUUCAUAUGCUUCUCUACGCAGGCAUCGAGUUUUUCGAGCACCGCGAGUACUAGUGCAAGCACGUCGUUCAUGGGCCAGACCCAUGGGAUGGGACCUUCAGGAAACGGCUUCACGCUUCCUUUAUGCGCCAUACGGCGUGUAGAGAGGCUGCCGAGUCACACAAACGCGUUCGCCCUCUCCAUCACCACAUCCAACGGUUACAAUGUCCCUUCUACGCCCAAGGCCUUAAUUUCACCACAGAAGUUUACCCUGCAACUCGCAGGCAGCAGACAACACUGCGAUAGAUUCUGUGAUAGUCUUAAGAAAGGUCUUCGAUCCGGUAUGAAGGACGUAGAAAACAUGAAAAAGGUAGUCUGUCUUUGCUAUUCUGAGUUCCAGCUCACAGAAGACUCGGGAAAGGCAUCGAAAGGGAAAGAAUUGGUGGAUAUAGAGAAACCGGAGAGGGAGCCUCCGGAUACGGGUUUAGGAUCCAUAUUCAAAUAUCCGGGUGAUGCGCGGAAGCUGCGCGAUAAGGCUAAGAUGAGGCUGUGGAAGGAAUACAUGAAAGAGAACGGACGCAAUGUCACUCUAAUACGACAGCCAACUUUUCACAAAUUAAUAAGAGUCGGUCUGCCCAACAGAUUGCGGGGGGAAGUAUGGGAGAUUACAAGUGGAUCGAUGUACUCACGCCUUCAGAAUCCGGACAUGUACACACAGACUCUUGCGAAGUUCUCGGGAAAGUCGUCGCUUGCUAUCGAUGAGAUCGAGAAGGACCUAAACCGAAGUUUGCCAGAGUAUCCAGGGUUUCAGAGCGAAGAAGGCAUUGGCCGUUUACGUCGAGUCCUUACUGCAUAUAGCUGGACAAAUCCAGAGGUUGGUUACUGCCAAGCGAUGAACAUUGUCGUUGCAGCUCUUCUCAUUUACACUUCGGAAACACAAGCCUUCUUCUUACUUUCUGAGCUAUGUAACCGGUUGCUUCCUGGCUAUUAUUCCACAACCAUGUACGGCACACUACUCGAUCAACGAGUUUUUGAAGGUCUUGUAGAGAAGACUAUGCCAAUCCUCUGGGACCAUCUCCAGAAGUCUGAUGUUCAGCUUUCUGUGGUGUCCUUGCCAUGGUUUCUGUCGCUGUACAUAAAUAGCAUGCCGCUCAUCUUCGCUUUCCGUAUUUUGGAUGUCUUUUUCCUUGAAGGACCCAAAGUAUUGUUUCAGAUUGGCCUUGCGAUUCUCCGAAUCAACGGCGAGGAAUUGUUGGAUGCUGCUGAUGAUGGCUCAUUUAUCUCUGUGCUGAAGAAUUACUUCUCUCGGCUCGACGAGUCAGCGCAUCCGAAGUCUGAGAACGCAAAGCUGCGUGCCGUGACUAAAUUUCAAGAAUUGAUGGUAGUGGCAUUCAAGGAGUUUUCUGGGAUCACGCAAGAUACCAUCGCAAAGCAAAGAAGCCAACAUAAGGAGGCUGUAUUGGAGAGUAUUGAAUCUUUUGCCAAGAGGACGUCGAUUCGGAAUCUUGGCCCGGAAUCUAAGAAGCUAAGUCCAAAUGAUCUGGGGUUCUUGUAUGACAGGUUUUAUGAUGUUCUUUAUGACCGCCAGCAAAGAGCUCAGAUGAUCAAGGAUAACAACAGCAGGCGAGCGAAAGCAGGUCGCACACAGGCUCUCGAGGUAGUGUCAGGAACACCUAGCGAGGAGACUCCUGAAAUGGGCCGUAUAGCGCUGGGCAGCAGCGUGACACAUAUGGAUUAUGGUGCAUUUCGCGAGUUUAUGGUUGGCGUGGCGAAAUGGGCCAUAGCAGAUCAUCAAAGCCCGAGCAAGCUUGAAGCGGAGAAAGAUUUGUCGUAUUUCAGUGGCGCAAGGAGUAAGACUACAUCACUUUCGCCGUGGGGUCCGGGACCAGACCCUGCAGACGACGAAUUUUUGCGCAGGCUAUUCAGAGCUUGGGACACAGAGGGAGAGAAGCAGCUCACCCUCCAGAAUGUCGUCAAUGGCAUGGCAAAAAUUAAGGGUGCAAAAGAUAUCAUGCUCAUUAUUGAAUACUUCUUUAGCAUCUUUGAUGACGACAAGGAUGGCAGAGUCGAUAGAGAAGGCAUGCUCCGCAUGUCUGAAGCACUGCUUUUUCUGGGAAGAAGAGGCUUUCAAACUCCUAUCCCAAGUACUCCUGCCAGCCCUGCCCAGAAUCAUAGCAAUGUCGGCCCUGAACGAAAAGUAUUGUCUGACGAAGAGUUCCUGGCAGCCGUCAGCAGCUUUACCCGGCGUUGUUUCGAAUACGCUGACACGGACACUUCUCAUGCAUCAGCAGCAGUGACAAGGACGAGUGAAGAGCCGCCGACUUUAGAACUCGAGUCUUUUACCAUUGGCGAUGAGAACGAAGAUCUUGUUGAUCUUGAAGUUUCUUCACCAACUUCAUCGAAGAAACGCCCGGCGACAUCUGAAAGUAAUUCUUCACACCCGCUAGAACUCAAUCUUCCACCAAUGCCCUCAGAGGAAAAGCCUAAUACCCAUCGUGCCAAUGCAGCACUUGAUCCAUCAAAACCUCUCUUUAUCACUCUUCCUACCUUUCGCAUGCUUGUACUUGCCGACGAAACGUUGGAGCAUUUCUUUGACGUAGAGUUCCCCAACUCCUUUAAACUCGCAGAUAGUCCGCUUCCAAAUACAGCAAGUGCGGCAAAUUUGACGACAUUCCAGAAUAUUGGGCGUCGCGUCAGUCAAGGCGUUGCAAACACAACGUCUGCGACGAGAGAUGUUGCUAUCCCUGGAGCAGGAGGCAUAGUACCGCCUGGCCGCCAAGGACUCCGCGGCAUGCUUGACAACAUUGUCACGGAUGGCAUGCGGGUCGCAUCUGAAGUGCGACGUCGAAUGGAAGAGGCGCAACGGGAGCUCGAAAGAGCCAGUGGGGGACAGCAAGGUUCGCAUGAUGACGAUGAUGACGACGAUGAUGACGACGCAGAUCGAAAAUCGGUAUUCACAAAGGACAAAGAUAUCUUGGAAGGCGCCGAAGCGGAAACAAUCGAAUCUAGUAGCAAACCUACCAGCAUCUUACAACUAGAGAACGCAAAUGAGAGGAGUAGGUCUGUUAGCGAGACAAGCGGGGAGAAGGAGGGUAUUGUGGAGUUUGAACGGUAGCCGGAAUUUGGCAUGCGCGUUAUUCUUGUUCGUGUUUCGGACUGUAGUUUGAACGACUAGAUUUGAUCAAGCACAUGUUAACUACACGAUCACCUUUGAUAGUGCCACUUCCUCAAGAUAUCUUUGACGAGAGUAAGCACGAAUCUAAGGCUUGACUUGUUCAACAUCUCUUGAUAAAUUUGAACGUGUCAUUUUUCAGUUGUUUUUGUGGAUUUCAAGCGCUGGUUUCUUAAGCUGCAAGCUACUUGAUCUAUAAAAGGAUCUAGUACCUUCAGUAUAAGCGGCUGCAAACAGCUCCAUAGCAAGGGCUUUAUUGAGGCUAAGUUGCUUUCUUGGUUUCUCGAUAUACUUUGCUCAGUACUUAAUAGA